UGUAUUUAAGCAUUGGAAAACAAAUUUAUUUUGAUUUUGUAAUUACAAUAAACAGCUAUUAAAAAAUGAAAACUAUUUGUUGAUAUUUAAUUAAAAUUAUUAAAAUAAAUAGUAUGUACAUUUCUUAUCAUAAAUUUUUGUUUGUGUAAUAUUACAUUAAUAACCAAGUUGUGAAAUUGCGGAAGUUUAUUCUAACCUAUAUAAUUGGUUAAAAUAAAAGAUAAUUUUUUAAACAUUAAAUAUGUUAUUUAACCAUGCAGUAAUUAUUAAAAUAUAAAUUGACAACAUCAUUGAAUUUAAAAUUUUUAAUUUUAUGCUGAAGUAAAUUUAAAAAGACAUUAACAAAUGGAGCUGUUUAAUAUUUUAAUUAGAAAAAAUUUCUCAACAUGUAAAACUUUAUGCAAAGCAGUACCAAAUAAUUUAAAAGGUAAGAAAGCUGAUUCUAAAAAAUGGUUAAUCAGAUAUAUCCGUGAUCCAUAUGUCGAAAAAGCAAGACAAGAAAAUUAUCGUUGUCGUAGUGCAUUUAAAUUGCUAGAAAUUAAUGGCCGUUUUAAUAUACUCACACCUGGUUUAUGUGUCGUUGAUUGUGGUGCUGCACCUGGUAGCUGGACACAAGUUGCUGUUAACUUAACAAAUGCGUCAGGUAAAAUAGAAAAUACACCUGUAGGUAGUGUUUAUGCAAUUGAUAGAUUGCCAAUUCAUCAUAUCGACGGUGCUACGAUAUUUGGUAAUUUAGAUUUUACAAGCAACCUAGCACAAACUAAACUGCGUGGAUUGUUGAAACAACCGGUUGAUGUUGUGAUGUCAGAUAUGGCACCCAAUGCAACCGGUAUACGAGAUAUUGAUCAUGAUCAAAUUAUUGUAUUGGCUUAUGCUGCUAUGGAAUUCGCCGUUAAGAUGUCUAAAGUUGAUGGUACAUUUGUUGUCAAAAUAUGGGACGGUGGUAAAUCAUCACAAUUUGAAAGAGAUGUUGCUAGAUUUUAUAAUCAAGUUAAAAUUGUUAGGCCUGAUGCUACGAGAGAUGAAUCUACUGAAAAAUAUGUUUUAGCUAGAGGGUUUAAAGGUCUUAAAAUAAGUUAAUUUCACAGAUAUAUAUUUAUAUAUUUAUAAAUAAAUAAACAAGUAAGAAAAGAGACUUAA